CAGCAUUGUCAAAAGAUGUCCGACGGGAAUUGCCAAAACGAUGUUUUAGAACCGCCUUCCGCGAAGAAAAUUAAAUCUAAUAAUGAAAACGAUGUAAAUGUGAAUGGUAAUAACUUACAGUUGAAAGACUUCAUAGCAGAGAAGAUUCUUAACAACAAUACGAAUAGGAAAACGGUUUGUGUGCAGGGGAAAUUCAAGGACAAGAGUGGGGUUGCAUUAGUGAUACUAGAGAAAAAUGCUUUCAAGGAAGAGGAAUUGGACAACGACGGAUAUUUUUCCGUAGACAGCCAGCUCCGUACGUUCUUCGAGAACGAUAUUUACGGAAACUUCGAGUGUUACCCCAAGGCAUCUUUAAACGGAGUGAAGACCAACAUCAUAUAUCCUGCCACCGAGAAGCAUAUUGCAAAGUUUAGCCAACAAGAAGUUCACAUUGUGCUGGAAACCCCAGAGUUGUACGAGAAACUAACUCUGCCACAUUUGGAGAAAGAGCAAUUUAAUUUACAGUGGGUCUACAACAUACUAGAAGGCAAAAGUGAAGCAGAUAGGAUAGUUUACGACAAUAAGUGUGAAAGAGAAGGUUUUGUGUUGCUCCCGGAUCUGAAGUGGGAUGGUCUGACCAAGGAGACCCUGUAUUUGCUAGCAAUAGUCAGGCAGAAAGGCAUCAAGUCUAUUAGAGAUUUGGACGCUAGUCACCUACCGCUACUGAAGAGAAUCAGGGACGAGGGAAAGAAAGCAAUUCUGCAGAAGUACAACGUAAAAGGCAGCCAACUGCGUAUCUACUUGCAUUACCAACCGUCCUUCUACCACCUGCAUAUCCAUUUCACGUACUUGCGCCACGAGGCGCCCGGCAUACAUGCCGAGAAGUCCCAUCUCCUCGACUCCGUCAUCGACAACAUCGAAAUGAUGGGCACAUACUACAUGAGAGCCACGCUACCUUUCACCAUUCGAGAAAUGGAUAACCUCUUCAAAGUUUAUGAAACUAACGGUCAUGUACAGAGAAUUGAGAAUAUUGAGCUAAUUGAUAAAUAAGAUAUUUUUGUAAUAGAAUAAGCGAAGAUGUUGAUAAAAAGUGUUUUCAUGGAGCUGCGCUCUAGGUUGCGAAGUUGCAACGUUUAUAUUACUACAGGAGUUGAUUUUAAGAAAAAUUGCAAUUUGAAGAUAAGCAUACAAUCCAACUGUAUUGUAUUGAAUUAUUAUGAUGAU